GGCCGAUCGACUCUAUACCGAAACAAAGAAUUUCCUGGAAUCACACGUCCGGGAGAUGCUGGCCAAUAAGGUGAUGGCGAAGCAUGAUGAAACCAAUGCAAAUAAUACGAAUAGCAGACCAGAUCUACUGCAGCGAUAUUAUAACACCUGGAGGGAAUAUAGCCAGGGCAUCCAGUAUCUUCAUAAAUUGUACAAUUACUUAAACCAGCAGCACAUCAAAAAGCAAAAGAUCACGGAUACGGAUACAAUCAGACCAGUGCGGCCGAGCAAAUGGAAAUUGGUGAGCUUGGCCUGA